UUUUUGUGGGCGCGAGAGCGAAUAUAGGAAGAGGCGUAGAAGGGUUCUUCCACAUUUUGUCCCAAUUCUGAGUCAUGCGAGAACCUGUUGCUUCAAACAAUGUUGCUUUAGCAGACCCUUUUGAACCCAUCGCCAUGAAUGCAUCCCAACUACCACCUUCCAAUCCCCACAUGUUCCUGGAGAACGACUUCACUUCCGCCUCAUGCUCUUUUCCCCAGCAAUCGACUUCAUAUCAAACAACGAAUUUCGUACCAUCUUUAGCCAACUCCAAUAUAAUGCCACCCAUUGGACCACUGCCAUCAACCAAAUCAGACCACCAAAUGUCCGGAAUGUACUCGAGUAGCGGGUUUGAUAUGCUCUCCGUACUUGCCCGACUUGCCAACAGACCGAACCCGCAAAUCGACCUCGGUCCUGUCGAUUUAUCUUGCAGUUUUGUUGUGGCCGAUGCCAGACAAUACGAUACACCAAUCAUAUACGUUUCUCCCAUGUUCGAGCGAAUGACUCUUUACUCUGCGUCGGAGGCAAUGGGACUCAACUGCCGAUUUUUACAAGCCCCUGAUGGACAUGUUGCCAAAGGCACAAUACGAUCAUACACUGAAGAUACAUCUGUACUACAUAUCAAACAGCAUAUGAUACAGGGGAAGGAAUCGCAAGCUAGCCUUGUCAAUUAUAAGAAAGGCGGUCAGCCUUUUGUAAACCUUGUCACCGUCAUACCACUUACUUGGGAUAACGAUGAAAUUGCAUAUUUUGUUGGCCUUCAAGUCGAUAUGGUCAGGCAACCAGAGUCGAUAUUAGAGCGCAUGAGGAAUGGAACGUAUGUUGCAAAUUACCAUACAAUUACAAUCCCCCCAACAAUACCAUCAACAACCACAACUAUAACAGAAAGCCAAGAUGCCGGCGAUGGUCCUCUGGAGUACUAUCGUCCUGAUAUUGUUGUUCCUAGCAACCAAAUACCUACCCUCAACCAUUACAAUCAAUUCGAUACACCGGUUCAGCAAAAAGAACUUCCUCAAAUUCAGCCUGCUAACAUGAUUAAGGAAUCGCCAUCAUCACGCGCCACAAAACGCCAAAGAACUACACAUGGUAUCAUCGACAUCCUUUUGACCAAAAAAGCAGAGACAGAAUCUUUGAAGAGACAAUGGAACCAAGUUGUUCUGGAGAACACCAACGCAUUUGUACAUGUCCUUUCCUUGAAAGGCAUUUUCCUUUAUUGCUCGCGGGCAACGAGCAAGAUCCUUGAAUACGAUCCAUCCGAACUCUUGGGUACAUCCAUCAGCAAGCUUAUUCACCCUUCAGACGUCAUUCCUGUUAUGAGAGACCUGAAAGAAUCCUCCAACUCCAAAGUACCUAUCAACCUUAUAUACAGAAUCAAACGAAAAAUAUCUGGUUAUAUGUGGAUAGAAUGCCAUGGACGAUUAGAUCUCGAACAAGGAAAAGGCAGGAAAUGCGUCAUUCUUUCUGGACGCGAACGUCCGGUGUAUGAAUUGGGACGACAACGGGUCAGCACAGCCAUCACUUCUAGCGAACACCAAGAUUUCGGCGAUAAUGAAUUCUGGGGAAAGCUUAGUGUUGACGGGUUGUUCCUUUAUGUCACCUCGUCCUCCGAGCGGGCCGUUGGCCUGAAAAGCGAAGAUUUCAAUGGCCUUUCUAUCUUUCAAGUCACAAGACAUGAGGAAGCUGCUGAAAUUGCUGAUGCGCUGCAGCAAGUAAGAACGGGUGAAGCAGUCAACAUACGCCAUCAUAUUCGCAAUAACGAGAACGAAGAAACAUUGGUGGAUACAUGCUUCUAUCCAGGCAACACUGCGCAAGAAAAUGACCAUCCACCAUUCAUCCUGAUUCGCGUUGUCAAUAGCGAAGCCGAGCCAGCUGACAGUCUAACUGUAGCUAACAAAGUCGAGUCCCUCGAAGCAGACGUUGGCUGUGGGUUUGAUUCAGAUUAUGAAGAUGGUCAUGAGUCCGAUCACAGUGGCGAUUCCGGGUCCACGUCCGAAGAAAGUGUUGGUAUACCAGAGGCUACCAUCGAGGAAAAUCUAUUCAAUGAACUGGAAACCAGUCGCAACACUAGCUGGCAAUUUGAAAUGCAUCAAAUGCGAUUAAUCAACAAGCGUCUACGUGAAAAAAUACAUCGACUGUCGAAACGAUCCACUUUGUAGAAAUCGAAAGAGGCUAAUGAACCCCUCCUGUUGUAUAAAAAUUGAACAUGUAUCAUGAGACUUACUACCUUCGUGUGCAUCCAUCUGUGAAUCCUUCUAAUGAACUCUAUAGUAAUUUUUUUUCUUUAUGUAAUGAAUAUCUGCCACCUUUUGUAAUAAA